AUGUCGCCAGCAGGCAAGAAUCGCACAUCGUUUGCUGAGAUUUGUGCUUUAAGCGGUGAUAUUAUCAAUGUGCGAGUUCGUGCAACGGUCGUAUGGCGUCCUCUACCUGGUGAAUAUGUCUUUAUAUACAUCAAUCGGAAGCUUUGGGAUGCACAUCCAUUUUCCGUGGUUGGCCCAUCUAGUGACGGCGAAUCGUUCCAACUCCUUUGUAAAGCAAGAAAGGGAAUGACAAGAAGGAUCAGCAAGAUGCUCAAAAGCAAGGGCGCCGACAAAGAUCACCCGUCAACAAUUCCAGUCCUGAUCGAAGGGCCAUAUGGAGUUCACUGUCCCGUGGAGAGAUACGGAGAAGUUCUGCUCAUAGCAGGAGGAGUGGGAAUCACCGGUGUGAUUCCCUACGUCGAGUAUCUCACACAUAGUCCUGAUGCAAACCCCACCCGUAUAAAAUUUGUAUGGGCAGUGCAAUCGAGGUCAGAUACAAGAUGGAUCGAAGAACGAUUGCUUCGCUUAUCCAAUAAAGUUGAAAUUGUUGUCUACGCAGCAGCUCGUACCGCGGCCAAAGAAAACCAGGAUGUACUUAAAUCGUUUGUUUAUGAGGACCCACUAGAAAGCGACUAUCCAUACGCCAAUAACAACCCCUAUGAAACCGACGAAAAAGAUCCAACCACUGGAAAACAUGCCGAAUUUCACUUUGUUGGAGACGACGGAGAUGAUAAUCUAAGCACAACUAGCAGCAGAUAUCCAGAGUCUAAUGAUCAUGAUAGAGAGCGUCAUGACGAGAAACCGCAGGACUUGACUUCAGAAUACGGCCGUAGCCUAACUCUCAAAGUUACAGGUCAAAGAGCCCGACCAGCUGUUUCUGGCAUAUCCAGCCCCAAACCACCACUUCCUCUUCCCCCAAAAGACUUUCAUGGUCAUAUGUACGGUUCUAUGCACACGUUGAAUAUAGAGGGCACAACCGCUGCUAAUAGCCUUGUUACGAAGAGUCAUCGAAGACGAUUAUCUCGAAUGGAGUGGUACCAACGUAUCCAGAACGGACGGGCUGAUAUUAAUACUCUCGUCAAAGAGUUCUUUAUAGGCUCUUCAGCCAGUGCUUGUGUUCUAGGUUGUGGCCCACCUCCUAUGAUGGACACAAUGAGACAGAGCGUGGCUCAACACCUCGACCUCAACGAGCACGGUCGUGUCGACUAUUUCGAGGAAGCUUAUUCGUGGUAG